AUGGGUGAAACGGUUGCUGCUUUAGGUGCCCACAGCGACCCUUCGCUCCCUAACGAGACACUCAUAACUAUUUUUCAUGGCCUCGCACCAUCCGUACUCACGAGGCUGGCAAGGGUGUGUGGUAGAUGGAAAAUAGUAGCGGAAUGGAUUCUAUAUUCCAACAUAACGAUAACCGAAACAUUCUCGUCCACAUAUCGCUAUCCAUAUUGUACCGUGCGAUGCUGCAAAACCAUCGCUCAGUAUCCACACCUCGCCAGUGGUGUGAAGAGGUUUCAACUGCGGUGGACGAGCCAACGAGAAACACAGCAUACGCAUGGAAUGUACUUGGAGAUGGCACUCCUGGAUAUCUCGCAGGCCAUAGGAUGCAUGACAACUCUCGAGGUGCUCGAUUUAUCACUGGGACUCGCUGAUUACUACUCUACGUCUGUGCUACCUCACGCCCAACACACAUUUCCUCUCUUACACCAGAUCUCCCUCAGUGGCCUUGGUCACUAUCCCCAGAACGCUCUCAAUCCAUUCCUCAAUGCCGUUCCCUCCAUACACCAUCUCAGACUUACAGACUCACGCGAGCAACUCCUCGUCCUCCCUUGCGCCCUCCCUUCGCUGGUCUCCUUCUGCGGCUGUCCCCGUGCAGCUGCUACGGUGCUCCCCGGCAGACCAGUCCAAUCUCUCGCACUCAUUGGACAGGACUACGUGACCGAUGUUGAUCUGUCACAAAUGGCCUUAACAAGCGUGCCCCUCCGCUAUCUUGAUUUAUCGGCUAUGUCGGUUACCCCGACAUUGCUGCGAAAUGUGUCCAGGUUUCUAUCAACCGUCGAGUCACUCAAGGUCAAACUCGCGCUCAGGCAUACCCUUCACUAUGCUUUGUCAGGAAUAAGAUUACUGGCUGCCCUUUCACAUCCACUCGGGGCAUUUCAACGGUUAUCGACGCUUGACCUGUCACCCACUCACAUAGACGGUGAUGGCCUUCGUAGCCUAGACGGCAAUGGUGCUGAGGAAUCUUCCAUCUGCCAAUCAUGGCACACCGCUUGCCCUUCUUUGAGGCGCGUAGUAUUUCCUUCCAAGACAGAAUGGCUAUAUAAACAGGAAAGCGGUACAUGGGUCCCCGUUCUAGACCAAGGAUCGCGAAGGCGCCCUCUUUGGUCACCUUCGACGAAGAAGUUCGCAGCCCCCUGA